AUGGGCGUGGCCUUCGGCUUGACACUGUCCAUUGUCGGCGCCGCCUGGGGCAUCUUUAUCACGGGCUCGAGUCUGUUAGGCGCCGCAGUGAAGGCCCCGCGCGUGCGAUCAAAAAACCUCGUGAGCAUCAUUUUCUGCGAAGCCACUGCAAUCUACGGCGUCAUCAUUGCUAUCAUUCUGCAGAGCAAGAUGAACCAGCCGGGUCUGCGCAAUGAGGGAGACGAACCGAUCAACGAGCAAGCGCUGUACUUUGCAGGAUACGCUGUCUUCGGCUCGGGUGUUGCAGUGGGCUUGACGAAUCUAGCGAGCGGCGUGUCCGUCGGCAUUGCUGGUAGCAGCUGCGUGCUCGCCGAUGCGCAGAACGCGGCGCUGUAUGUGACGAUCUUGAUUGUGGAGAUUUUCGCAAGCGCACUGGGCAUCUUCGGUGUCAUCGUCGGCAUCAUUCUGUCCAACAAUGCAGAAUUCCCUAAGUAA